AUGGGUGAGAUUGUACUCUUCAAUUUGGCUGACGCAAGCGAAACAUAUUCGGCAUGUAUCGUGGUCCAUGGAAAGGUUCCCAAGUCAGGAUCUUCUGCUGUGCAGGUUCGCUGCUCUCAAACGCCGCCAUUGCGCUUUCCUGUUCAUGAGUCGUUCUUUAAAUGUGUCAUCAUGCUUAGUCCCGGAGAGAACCAAUUGUCCUUUGUGUCAGACCAGGAUGAUCACAAAAGUGUUACUUUACGCUAUGUACCUCUCCUACAAAAUGAACCGGUCCAUAUGUGUCUUCUGGUAGCACGGGACUCGCCCUUGGUGUUUGACUCACCACGCUCACAGCAAGACAAAGAGCAUGGCAACGAUUUGGAACUUGCAUGCCGUAAACUCAGAAUUGGUGCUCGACUGAUGCAGGCCUUUACAAAUGAGCAAAUGCUGCGUAAUGGGUUUGGCCAAAGAACUUUUCCGUUUGUAGAGGAAUACGCUGAGGAUACCACUUUUCGACAACCCGCUUUGCGUAAUCGAGUCAAGAUACACAUAUUACGCUCCGAAAAAUCUGUUGGUGAACUGCGCAAUCCAAAUCUGGCACAGCAAAAUCCCAAUGCUUCAGACGCAGGCGGAUUAUUUGGAAUUGCCAUGGAUGCUUUGCGCAAUUAUGGGGGUCCAUUCAAAACUACUGACCAACACCCAGUGCAAGCCGCGGUAAUGUUCCUUGACACACACUGGGAUUCCAAGAAUAAGCUGAUCACCGCACAUGCUGCGCUUGGUGGUGGUGACAGCAGCAUUAAGUUAGCCAUUUUCGGCUCACAUGGUCUUUAUUCGUGGCCAUCCUGUAUCGAAGACGUCGUUCCUUAUUUUACAGAUGACACUCGCUGCUCUAACUCAGAGGUCGCAAAUGAUGCGGGUGAGUGUGGAACACAUUGGGAAUGUUUCACACUCACACUGGGGGCAUUCAUGCAUGAAAUUGGUCAUUUACUUGGUUGUCCGCACCAAGAAAGUGGUGUCAUGCUGCGUGACUAUGUGCGAUUGAAUCGAUCUUUCCUAACAAAAGAAGCAUUUUCUACCAGGACAAACUCCUCUGGGGCGAAGCCACCCAUUUUCCCCAGAGAGGAAUGCACUUGGCAUAGGUUGGAUGUGCUAAAGUUCUUACACCAUCCUUCAUUUACUGUGCCACAAGAUUAUAAGGACUCCUCCAUGCUGAGACCUUCGAGAAUCGGAGGAUUCAAAACUUCUUCACCAUCAGUUUAUGCUCUUCCUAACAAUUGUUGUGUGCUAAAAUCGGAAACUGGUAUAUUUUGCAUUCAAAUUAUAUGCGGAGAUCUGGCACGCGCGCACAUCGAAUACCUUCCAGUCUCCAUUGGCGGAACUGGUGCUCAGAAUGAAAUUAUGCUGUCACUAGAUGACCUGAGAUCCCGAAUUCCGCCUGACCAUCUUUCAAAAUAUCGCGAUUCAUUCAAAAUUAAGGUAUGCGCCUUAAACUCUCCAGAAGCACAGUGGGACAAAUUUCCAGAGUUCCUAAAAGCCUCUCAAAUUUCAUUGGCUUCGUAUGGAUUUGCUAGUAAUGCCAUAGGAAUGAAAUCAAUGCUUUAUGGUGGUGCCGAUAGGGGACAAGACGUAGGAGUAAUUCCAUUCACGAGCGGCAAUAUUGUUGCGCUAAGAGUCUACCACGGAGCUGCUUUAGAUGGCAUAAGAGUCUAUUUUAGCUCACAUGCUGAAAUUAAUAACCCCCCACCGAUUCCUCCACGAUCAUAUAUGAAAAAGUUGACCAGUGCCCUCAAGUCUGUGAAAAUACAGGAUGCGUCUGGGCCAAGUAUCCUUUUUGGGCAUCAAACAAACUCUUACUCAGACUUUUGUCUAAAUCAAGGCGAGAAUUUCAUAGGACUCAGGUUAAGAUCGGGCUGUUGGGUCGACGCGGUUUCAAUUGUAACAAGUGAGGGCCGUGCCAGUCCAUUUUUUGGAAACGCCAAUGGUGGGAGCCACCACGAAAUAAUAAUUCCAGAACACCAGAAGAUUUUAGGAUUAUAUGGAAGAGUAGGACAGUGGGUCGAUGCUAUUGGGAUUAUUUAUGGAUCAGUUUAA